UAUAAUCCCGUAUUCUCCUCGUCCCAGUGAGUGCCGUCGUCCCAUCGCCGCAGCCCUCCUCCCCCACCACCGCCGCAAACUCGAGCAGUACCACUCUCCCUUCAAGUUGUUAUGGAGCAGCCUCAUGAUUAUGACGAGAUGAAUAGGAAGCCUUUGAGAGUCACCAUAAACGCCCCGAAACGGCUGCUGUCUUCGACGGUAACGCCAUCGCAGCCGCCGUCAGUCCUUCCGGAUGAACUCCUCACGGAGAUCUUGCUGAGGCUUCCGGCAAAGUUACUUCUCCGUUUACGGUGUGUGUGCCGUUCAUGGAGAACCCUAAUUUCCAGCUCCAAUUUUGCCAAAGAACAUGUUCAACGUUCAAUCGCCGCGGAUCCAAGUUUGAGUGGGCCACGAGUUGCUUAUCAUCAUAGUUGGGAAUACAAACACAACACAUUUGGAGAUUUCUCCUUAGGAUCCUUGUUCGAGAACCCUUCCGAACCUCCGGAAGUCGUUUUCUUCGAGGAGAGACGUCGCCACGAAAUUAUUGGAUCUUGCAAUGGAUUGUUGUGCUUGCAUGAGAGUGUUGACACCCUCAACAACCAUGUCAUGUUGUGGAAUCCCUGUACUGGACUGACAUCCCAUUCGCUGCAAAUUUGCGGUUUCAUAUGGAUUUCCGGCUUCGGCCAUGAUCAUGUGAAUGACGUUUACAAACUUGUUACCACUGUAUAUCAGAAACAGACAAUACCUCAUACAUCUGCCACCAGAAUUUAUACAUUUUGCCAGAACCCUUCCAUCAGACAAAUGCAAGAUAUCCCGUUUCGUAGCAUAUAUGGUGAUGGUAAAGGCGUAUUUGUGCCUGGCACUGCCACUCUUAACUGGAUUCGUCAGCAUGGCGCUCGGGAUUUCAUGGUUCUUUCCCUUGACUUGGUGAAUGAGACUUUUAGUGAGUUUUCUCUGCCCCCUAAGGAUCCAGAUAAUAAGACCUUCUUCUUCCCACACUUAUGUGUGCUGAGAAACUGUCUUGCCGUUUGUUUUAAUCAUGAGAAAACUCAUUGGUCUGUGUGGCUGAUGGAGGAGUAUGGAGUGCCUCAAUCUUGGACUAAAUUGGUUACCAUCCCCUGCCACCCGCGUCUAGGUGGUGAUCAUUUAUGCCCAUUGUAUAUCUGGGGAAAUAAUGUUCUUGUGACGGUUGCAUCAUCUAAAAAGAGAGUUCUGUAUAACUUGGAUAAUGAAAGCUUUGAAUUUCCUGUAUUGAAACCUACUACUACUACUUUGUCUCUCUCAACGGGAUUGGAGUUCCAUAUUUAUCAUGAAAGCUUAGUUUCACCAUCGUUUGGUGGCUUUCGAGGUAGCUCAUCCCGAAUCUGGUUGAUCAAAGACUAGUGUAGAAGCUCUCUUCUAAAUAGUCUGAUUGUUUUCAA